AUGAACCGCGGCAUUCGUCAUCGUUUGUUGUCUCAAGGCGUAUGGCCUUCUCUGCUGAAUGCCGCAAACCACAUCAAGUGGAAGUGCUAUCUCUUCAGCAUAGCUCUGCUCCACUUUUUCUUCUCUAGCGACAAGCAGUGGCUGCAGUCCUCCUCCUCUUUUUCUCCUGUAACAGUUGAUACAUUUUCAGAUGCGACGGUACUGCUCAUAUCUACCGGAACAGACCAGCAAGCCACUGUUGUGAUCAAACGCAAGCGCAUAAUUUUUGUUCGUCACGCCGAGUCCGAAUGGAACUUUAUUUUUAACCGCGGAUUGAAUCUGCGUGCGUUCAUGAAUCUCCUACGCGCUGUGGUGUAUGAAUGGCUGGUGCUGCUUACAGGCGACUCGUUGUUCCUGGACUCACCACUGAGUCGACGCGGUCGCUUCCAGGCGAAGAAUCUACAAAAUCACGUAUGCGAGAUGUCGGUCGAAGGACGCAGCGACGGUGACAAAGCCGUGGCAGCUACAUUGUCGCCAGUAGAGGCACUCUAUCACUCGCCGCUUCAGAUGAUAGAAGAGAGCUCGUUGCUGAGCUAUCUUUGCUUUUCAUUGCCUGGCAGUAUCGUGGUCACGUCGAACCUGCGUCGUACCAUCGACACGGCGCGUAUCGCGUCGGCAUCGAGACUAGAAGUGCCAGGAGAGAAGAUCCACGUGCUGUCGUGUCUACAGGAGAUUGGCCGUAACGUUGACACGCUGGCCAUCAGUAAGCCACACGCAGUUCAGCCACAUGAGGUUCUGGUGGAUCCGCCACGUGGAGAGAAAUGUCACGACGAGCUGUUUGAUGUGGUGGAGAGUCACGGCAACAAGGCAGUGCUGGGCAGUGGACGCGACCGUCUGCUAACGUUUGCGCAUUGGGUUUUCAAACAACCGAAGGAUGUGGUGAUCGUGUACGGCCACUCGCUGUGGCUCCGCGCGUUUUUCCGUGAAUUCUUUCCUUGUAACGUUUUUCACGAAGCCAAGUCGACCAAGAUACGCAAUUGUGGCGUGGUGACGUUUCUGCUGGAAGAGCACAGCAGAGGCGGAGGUCAUACCGCGCAAUACAACAUUCCACCCGAAAGCUUUCAGCGCCUUGUCUAA